CAAAACCAGGCAUUCAGGAUACUCCAGAAAAGUCAAUCUGAUCGAAUCCUUUUAACCAGCCCCGCCAUUACACACAUGAUGGAGUGGAGGAGGGAAAGGAGGCCUUUCCUGGCCGUAUUAGAUAUUCCCAAACUGCUCUCCAAGGCAGCUGUACCAGUUUUCAUCCUCGUUGAAGGCGUGUGCAUCCGGCCCCACGUGACGGCCAGCAGAGGGCGCCGUAAGGCCGCGCCCCGGGGCGAGGGCGGUGGGCAGGACCGGGCCGGCCGGGUCCGCUGCAGCCCAGCCGCAGAGCCAGUACAUUUCCGGGAGGACCUGACACCACAGCAUCAAAAGUGUCGCCUCGCCUUCACCUGCAAGGAGGCCGGGACCGCACCUCCAGGAGCUGGCUCGCCGUCCAGGGCCUCGCCUCGCCCAAAGCCCCCUCCCACCUCGCUGUCUCCGCCGCCUCUUGGAGGGAGGGUUGUGAGGGUGACCCGGGAGAAGAAACCGCCGGGACAGUUCAAUCGGAAGGGAGGGGACAGCCCAGAUCUGAGAAUGCCCCCUCCCCCACCUUACGCCUCCUCCAGGGCGCAGGUGACCGACCGAAGGAAAAUGGAGAGCGGCAGGCCCAGGCAAUGGUGUUUUGAGUACCAGCCUCUGGACUCUGCCCAUCCCAGCAUCUCGGAGACAGAACACCCACCUUUUACAGUUGAGGAAAUUGAGGCUCAGAGAGACUGGGUAACUUGCACAGGGUGACCCAGGAGGAGGAACAGCCAGUAAUCAGUCAUUCACCAAAUACUUGAGCCCCUACUAAGUGCUUUGAAGGUAAUUGAAUAGGGUAGUGGAAUAAACAGUGACGUUGUGAGUGGGGCAGGGUGCUACUUUGGCUGGGAUGAUCAGGGAAGCCUCCCUUGAGGUGACAUAAAAUUUGUGUUAAAUAUAUCAUUCUUACCAAAAGUGUUUAAAUUGUCUACAGUUUCAAGACUACUAAUAAAUAGCUUUCUGUGCUUAAAACAACAUUAUCAAGAACUCUCUAGGAGCACCUUCUCCCCCAGCUAACCACUCUCCAGAAUUUUGUAUUAAACAUUUCCUUGCUUUUCUUUAUAGUUUUACCGCCUCCAUGUACAUUCCUAGACAAUAAAAGGUUUCAUUUGCUUGAUUUUGAACCUUAUGUAAAUCCAACUAACUGUAUGCAUUUGAGUUGGUUCUUUUUGCUUAACAUUAUGCUUUUGAGAUUUAUCCCUGUUGUUGCAUGGAGUUGCAGUUUGUUUUUAUUGCUGUAUAUGUUCCAUUAUGGGAAUGAACCACAGUUUAUUUAACCCUUUGUACUGUUGAUAAACAUUAGAACAUUACGGUUGUUUCCACUUUUUUUGUUUUUUGUUUUUGUUUUUGUUUUGCUGUUAGGAACAACGGUGCAAUGAAUACUCUUGUUUCUUCUGGGAUUAGGGCUGGGCAGCAGUUUUCAACCUUGGCUGCUCACUAGAAUCACCUGAGGAGUUUUUUAAAAUGCUAAUACCAGAGGGUCCCACCCAGGCUAAUCAAAUCAGGAUGGCUCUGGGGGUGGGGCCCAGGCUAGGGUGUUCCCUGAGGGAAUCUAAUCUGCGGCCAGGGCUGAGAACCUCUGCGAUGCUGUUGGCCUGGAAAUAGAAUUGCUAGGAGAGUCACCUGUUAUUAGCUGAUGCCAAACUUUUCCGAAGUGGCUUGUACCUAUGACACUCUCGCCAGCAUGGAACGAAAGUCCUGCUGCCUUCACACCCUCAACACUUGCUAGUGACCAAAUUUUAACUUUUUAUCUUUCUGAUGGUGUGAAAUGGUAUCUCACUGUGGUUUUAAUUUGCAUUUCUCUCAUUACUAAUGAGGCUGAGCAGUUGGUGAAGUUAAUGCUGAAACAAAGAAAAGGAGCCAACAUGGUGAAGAUCUGGGGGGAGAGAUUUAGGGGGCAGGGAAGAUGAACGGUAGGUGCCAAGGUCCUGUGGUAGGCAAGGGCUGGGAUGUGGAGGAACAGAAAGAAGGGGGUGAUCAUUGUGCAGGGGGAAGGAGGAGAGUGGCUCAAGACAGGAUCAGCAGAGGUCAGAUCAGCAGGGUGGAGGGCCGUGGUGAAGACUUUGGUUUUUACUCUGGGUGAGAUAGGAAUAUGGGAGGUUUUGAGCAGAGGGACACAGCCUUACUCCUCCCUCUGGAUGCAUGUGGAAAAUCGUGAUUGAAAGUAAACAGACGUAGAAGACGCUAUAUUCUUCGUAAUGGCUGUGCAUGGCCUGUCUCCCUCACCUUACCCUCCCCUCACCAGUUAGAACAUGGUAAGGAUUGUCUUGUUCACAGCUGUUAUCCCCAGCACCUGAUGACCAAAACAGACAGUUGUCCCUGCCCUCAUUCUAGGUGGUGAGUGGAGGGACUUACAGGUUUUCAUCGUCCUUGCUUCACAGGUGGAAACCCGUGGGCAAGACCUGUGGAUUUAUUUCCGUGCCACAACCCCACUCCAGGCGGGGCAUGGCCCUCAAAGUUGGUGGGCUCACAGGAGAGCUGAGGAUGAAGUGUCCCUCCCCUGGGUCCACCCCACAAUGAACCAGUCAGUGCCUCCCUUGGAGCCCAGCCUUAGGUCCUUUAGACACAGUAUUGACGACCCCAGACAAGUGAGGAGACCACCUCAGCCCCACCCUUCCCCACUUCUUUCUCCCACCUGCCCAGAGUACUCUUUCUCAACCAUUCUAAACAGGUCCCUCCUCAGCUGAAAAUUCUUCCUUGGCUCCCCAGUGCCCUUGGGGCAAAGUCCAAACUCCUCCAGGCCCUGGAGGCCAGGCAGAUCUGACCCAUCAGCCCUGCCCACCCCACCCCCAGCCCUGAGAGCUGCUCUCAGUGGCUCUGAAAUAGUUACUGAUUCUAACCUCAGGCCUUUCCCCUCGGUAUUUCUUCACUUCCUCUGGUAAGUGCCCCCCCCCCGACCCCCUGUCAAGUGACCCGCCUCUUGACUGUCACAGUGCCCUGUGGUCUCCCCCCA